CUUGGACAAUAAUUUAGCAACAUUUCGGUCGACAAAAACCAAUUUCGUGCUAACACUAUAGAAUUAUUCGGCAGUGACAAGCACCCAGCAAUUAAUCAGGCAAUAGCAAUUAGCCGGUGCACAAUAGCAAAAAUUUUAAUGGCAAUAGCUAUAUUUAGCACUGUAAUGUCCUAUCCAUGUAAAAAUUAUAAUGCCAAAGAGACACCUAGGAGAUACCAAGUAUAGCAACAACUUGUGGGCAAAACCCAGUGCUCACAGAAAAAACUAAAUUUUGAAAUGUAAUCGAGCAAGUUCACCAGAUCAUUGAACAUUCCGCCGAAGCGGACCAACAACCCAGUAAAAUAAUUGCUCAAUUAUACAUCAAACCAAAAAUAAUGCAUUCAAUACUGUUUUUCCUUAUACCUUACAAAAAAUGAUCCCCGGCUGCCAGAAUUUUCCGCCACAAUAAAUUUAUUACAACUUCACAUUCACAAAAUAAAUUUAUCCCCCAAAAUUCAAAGCCACGAAACUAGUUUGUCUUUUAAUGCGUCUAAAAAAUAUUCAAGCCCCACCAGUGAUAAAUGCACCCCAUCUAAACGAUAAAAUCCGGGGGUAUCAGUGUCAAUGUCUAUGGACAACACGUCGCCCUUGGGCAAAGCAAGAACUUUUUGGCGACCAAACCUGUUAAUACGCCGUCUUUUGCCAUCUGCUUUUUUAUAAAUUUGACCAGUACCCCAAUUUAACCUUGGCAAGAUGUCACACCAAAUGAUAACACACUCCGGAAAAGUUGAUGCCACAUAAUUCAAACCUUUGGAUAUUAAAUUGAAAAUACGACACAGAGAAAACUUGCUCGCAUCAUAAUGUAUGUAUGACACUGAAAAAUGAUAGUUAGUGAAAAUGAGUGUCCGAUAUUGGUAAAAAUAGAAAGAUGAAUCUUGUUUUUCUCUGUUAUUUCAGAAGUGUUGUAGUGGGUUACACCCAUGGAUCUGCACAGUAUUUUAGCAAAUUAUUUAGGAUAUCUUACAAUAGUCUUGUGUCAAUAAGUUCAUUUUUCACAGCACCCACAUUUUAAAAUUUUCCCCUAAAAAUAUGAAUGAGUCACUUUACAGAACAUUGAUAAGUGUGGAUAUUUUGUUGCAAAAUGAAUGAUAGAAAGUUGUAUUUAUAUUUUAUUGUCAUUUAUUUAUUUAUUAAGUUAAUGUUAGCUCCCAAUCAAACUUAAUGAUAUGAAGUACAGGUUGAUAGUUCAUGUACAUUUUGUAUGUUGUCUACAUAGAUUUAACUGUAUUUUAAAAAGAGUCUGACAACUUCUAAAUUGUGAUUUGUCGUCCACCUCUGAUUUAUGUGGAAAAGUUGUCAGUUAUAAAUGGGGAAUAAGAAAGUACUAGUACUGAAUUCAGGAUACACUGAUUACUGUGACAUUAUUUAAAUUUUGUGAGCAUAGAAUGUUUUUGUUUUGGCCCAGAUGGCUGUUUUGUAGUGACAUGAAUUUGUGGGAAUUCAAAUUUAACCUUUAGCCUACUGGUGGCAAGUGAUUUUGCCUUUACAACCAGUGCAGACCAAGAUAAGCCUGCACAUCUGUGCAGACUGAUCAUAGUCUGCACUUUACGCUAUUCAUUUAGUAAAUUUUAAUGAAUACCCCUUCAAAUAAUAAAUGGUACUGCCUAAAUUAAAUAAUAGACCAGUUCAUUCUAGAAAUAUAGCAGGGUAAAGGUAAUAAAGGACCUCGUUCCUGGCAAUUUCAUUUUGUUCACUGGGAUUUCAUUUCACCAACUGGUCAAAAACUAAUAUCCCAUCCGUCCUUUCCCGUGAAUAUAAGUUGAAGUGACUGCCAUUAUAUGUACCACUAGCUGGUAUAACAACUUUCGUGAACAGAAACCACUAAAAGUUAAUAAGUUUGAUUUCUGAUUUAAACAUUCAGAGUACAGUUUAAUAAUGUGAGAAAAGACCAUCUGCAACUUAAGUCCAAUUUAUAGCUGUCCCCAUGUUUGGUGUUUAUAUAGAGGGUUUUAGUGUACUGCUGAUCACCUCAUUUAUCAACCACAAGACUACUUGUUACAGGUAAUUACAGAUACUGUGAAAUCAUUUUUAUUCGCAUAGGAUGAAUUUUUGCAUAUUUCGCGCUAGGACCGAUGCGCGAAUUAAAGACCGCGCUAUUAUUGUUUUUUAACUUAAUUUCUAAAAUUGAAAAUGCGCGAAUUAAAGUCCGCGCGAAACAGUCCUUUUUCACGUUUGCGCGAAAAUUCAUGCCAGCGAAUUUAAAUGAUUUCACAGUACCUUUGACUCAUCAGGAUAAAGAUGGUUAACUCCUCAGUUUGUAAUCAUGAACUAUCAAUUCAUUAUUAAUCAUGGGUGAAUAGCCAUCGUGGAUUUAGUGGUUGGGUAAAGGAUUGAAAGUUAAACUAAGGGAGCAAAUAUAUUAUCUUUUUGUUUGAAAUUCACUAAAUUCUGUUUCACUUAAUAACUGUUGUCUAAGACUAUGCAGAUUGUGGCCAUGAAUUAACCCUGACUUUACCCUGCUAUAUUUCUAAAAUGGACUGGUCCAUCAUUAAAUUUUGGAAGUGCCAUUUUUUAUUAGCUCACCUGAGCACAAAAUGCUCAUGGUGAGGUAUUGUGAUCACGCUGUGUCUGGCGUGCAUCUGUCAAAGUUGUCCGUCCGGCGUCAACAAUUGUGUUUAAACGACAUCCCCAAAACCACUGAAUGGAUUUUGAAGAAACUUGGCCACAAUGUUCCUUGUGUGGUCCGCUACCAAAGUUGUUCAAACGGUUCCAGUUGGUUGCACACAGGGGCUGCCAGAGCUUAAAAAAGAAAAAAACUUCAAACGACAUCUCCUAAACCGAUGGUCCGACUUUUGAAAAAUUUCACUAAAAUGGUCCUUAUGUCACCCUCACCAAGAUUAUUCUUAUUAUGUCUCCCACCACACAGUGGUGCGGGAGACAUAUUGAUUUACUCCAGUCUGUGUGUGUCUGUCUGUCUGUCUGUCUGUCUGUCACAAAGCUUGUCCGCACUCAAAGUCAAACAUUUCUCAUCCGAUCUUCACCAAACUUGAACAAAAUGUGUCUGACCAUAAGGCCUUGGCCAAGUUCGAUAACUAGCCAAAUCAGCCCAGGCACUUCGGAAUUAUGGCCCUUGAAUUACCGAAAAAUCCUCGGAGCGCAUGCGCUUUCGUGCACCCAAAUCGUACCCUAUACUACUUUUAUUAAUAGUAUAGGGUACGUUUUGGGUGCAAGAAAGCGCAUGCACAAGUAGUACAGGGUACAUUUUGGGUCCAAGAAAGCGCAGACUGACUUACUAUUUAGAUGAUUAGGCAGUUGUAGGAGACAUGCGCUUUUGACAAAACGAAAAGCAUCUCUAGUUCCUAUUUGUCAAAUACAUGGCCACCAGGAGGCAUGGUCACUUUUCCCAAUAUGUACAUAAUGAAAAGUUUAAAAAUCUUCUUGUGUGAAACUGCUAGCCUGAUUUUAAAAUAAUUUUGCACAAAUGUUCUAUGUGUGACCUUUUACCAAGAUUUUUGAUAUUACACUGAUUUUUUCAAAACAUGGUUGCCAGGGGGCAUGGUCACUUUUCCCUAUAUGUAUAUUGUGGAAAUUUUUAAAAUCUUUUGUGAAACUGCUGGCUUGAUUUUAAAAUAAUUUUACACAAAUGGUCCUUAUGUCACCCUUUUCCAAGAUUAUUCAAAUUAUUUUGAUUUGUCAAAUAACAUAGGUGUUAGAGGGCAUUGUUACUUUUCCCUCUACAUUGUACAUGUAUAAUUCUAGUGGAAACAUUAAAAAUCUUCUUGUGUGAAACUGCUGGCCCAAUUUUAAAAUAAUUUUACACAAAUGUUCCUUGUGUGACUCUUUCCCAAGAUUGUUCAAAUUAUCUGAUUCGUCAAAAACCAUGGCUGCCAGGGGACGUGGUCACUAUUUCCUAUAUGUAUAUAGCAGAAACUUCUUGUAUAAAACUGUUAGCCCAAUUUUAAAAUAAUUCUAUACAAAUGGUCCGUGUGUGACCUUCUACAAAUAGUGUUCAAAAUUUUUUGAUAUGUUAAAAAACAUGGCUGCCAGAGGGCAUGGUCACUUUUCAUAAACACAUCUUUUCCAAAACCACUGAAUGGAUUUCGAUGAAACUUUACACAAAUGAUCUCUGGGUAGCCCUCUUUUAAAGUUGUUCAAAUGGUUCCGGUUCAUUGAACGUAUGGGUCUUUUUGGUUAGAAAUAGGUUUUCAGCUGCUAUCAGACUUUAAUAAAAAUCUUUCUCUAGAGCUUUGAUAUUUGGUCAUGUGAUAUAAGGGUGUGACUCUCUACCAUAAUUGUCCAAAUUAUUGCCCUAAGGUAAAAAAUGUCCAUGCCCUUGUGCAUGACAUGUACUUGCUGUCGGGUUAUUUAUAAGAAACUUUGAAAAUCUUCUCUGAAUCAAUAACAGGAGAGUCUUGAUACUUGGCAUGUGAUAUCUGGGUUGUACUGUCUACCAUAAUUGUUCGAAGUAUUGCCCAAAGUUCAAAAAUGUGUGUGGCAUGUAUAUGAUAUACUUUUAUUAGGCUAACAUGGAAGAAAUCUAACUUUGUACUUACAUAAACACACUUGAAGCCUUGUACACAGGUGAGCGCUUUAGGGUCAAUGACCCUUUUAAAAGGUAUUCACUGAAAGCUUACUGACUGAAUAGCAAACAGUGUGGACCAUGAUCAGCCUGCACAGGUUGUGCUUUCAGAAUUGUAUGGGAACUUGUCUAAGGUUUUAUUUUUAGCUCGACUUAUCGAAGAAUAGGGGAGCUAUCCUACUCGCCCUGGCGUCGGCGUGAGCGUCGCACAAAUGUUAAAGUUUGCAUACCACCCCAAAUAUUUUCAAAGUCCAUUGAGAUAUUGCUUUCAUAUUUUGCAUGCUUGUUUACCAUCAUGACCCCAGUCUGUAAAAAGGAGGAGGCAACUCUAUCAAGCAUUUUGACUGAAUUAUGGCCCCUUUUCGAAUAUGCUUAUUGUAAUGUUAAAGUUUUACUCGUAGCUUAUAUUAUACCAUCAAGAACUGAGAAUAGUCGAGCGCUCUGUCAACUGACAGCUGUUGUUUAUUCUGAUGUCAAAAUUCAAAACAUUGAAGUUGUUCACAAAAUAUAGCCAUACACAUUCAUUUGUACCUGUAAAAUCCAACUUACAUUUUAAGUGUGUAGUUUUACCUACAGUGAGGUUCUAGGACAACUUGUGAAUGAAAAGAAUUGGAACUGUAGUCUUUUCCUUGCGCGGUUGUAAGAGGCAACUAUAUAUAAAAAGGGUCUUAACACCUGAUUUCUCUUGAUUUCAGCAGGACCUGGUAUUAAAGUUUUAAUCAAAUACCUGCUAUUUUUGACUAUAAAUGACCUUGGAGAAUAUUUUUUUCAACUUUUUAACAAAAAGUUGCAAAACUGCAUUUUUUAUGCUUUCAACAUUAGAAAUCAAUUUAUUGAUUAUCUAAAGGCAUAACCCUCUUAUUUGUAUUCAUUUUUUGACAUAAAAAUAAUUUCCGAUUAAGUCUCUCUUAAUAAAAAAUUUUUUUUCGACCUACACAUGUGUACACAAUCUCCCUACCGGUAUCUCUCUACAAAACACAUGAUGGUUAAGGAUUAUUUGUUUCUUUUAUCCAUGAAUUUUAAAUGUACAUGUAAUGUAAAAAGUUGUUUUAAAAUUACCUGUUCUGUUCAAUAGUAAUAAAUGUAGAUAGAUUGCCUUUAAGUUGGUUUAUUUUCUCUCAUUUUUGGGGACAUUAAACAUACCUUAGAUUUGGGCAAUUUUGAUUUCUUUUCUAAAAUGGAUUUUUAAAUGUAAUUGUUAUAUAUCUUACAACGGAUUCUUCUUUUUCAUCCACCUUUGAAAAUUAAAAUUCAAUUCAAACUUUGGCAAGAAAUGGUGAAAAAAACAUCUACAAUGCAGCAUAAAUAUAGUCACUAUGUUGAUUAUUCUAGGGGUAAAUAUGAAAGUUUGACACCUAUUUUUGCUUUGGUAUGAUAAUGAAAUUUUCUGUAAUUUAGCAGGCCAAAAAUGCCAUCAAGAGGGUACAGUCAUUCAGCAACUGCUGGAAACAGCAACAGUAAAAUUUCUAUAAAGAAAGAAUUAUUGCCAGUAUGCCAUGAUAAAUUAAUUCCUUGACUUAUAAUCAUUCCUACACGCCUCUAAUUUUUACAUUCUGCUCCUAACCAUUUUUAUUUCAAUAAGUAUCUGUGUUGUUUUUUCAUCUGUUUAUUUAAUUGACAUAAACUUUACUGUAUAUUAUAUCUACAUCUCAUCAUUUUUUUGUGUUUCCAUAAAGGAUACAAUCAAAUUCACUGCCACCAACCCCCACCCAACCUCAUUGCCCCCAUUCUAAGCAAAAACUGGAUGAUGAUUUAGCAGUUAAGUUAUAAUGGCAGAAGUAAAUUUUGAAAAUAAUACAUAAUUUUGUUGACGGAAAAGUUUUUCAGGGGUUUCUGGUGUUAUUUUCAAACAUUUGUAGGUGUGUGUUUUUAUUUAAUAUUUAGAAUUUUGUGAACUUGGUUCCUGUGUUCAGAUGUAAUAAAAUGAUAAUAUUGCAAGUGUAGUUCAUUCAUUAUACUUCCAUCUGAUAAUGUAAGGAAUAUAACUUAUACUGGUAACUAAGAGAAAUGAAAAUACAGUUAUCUUGAUGAUAUGAGAAUUCUCACAAUAAGGUAUAUUGAUACUGUCUGACAAAACAUAUUUGGUUACUCUACUUGCCAGUUUCACAACAGAGAGCACACCUGAUGGGCAGAAAGUAAAACUAUAUAGUAUUAAUUGUCACAAGUCGGCUAGAUGUGAAAAUGUCAAGUGUUAACAUUUGCUGUUGGAAUGAGAAUAGCUUGUGUGACAUGGAAAUGUUUGUGAUUACAGAAAAUGGAUACUAUUUGAAAAAUGAUAACCUCGCCCAAAAUACUGCACUGAAAUGACGAUACCAAAUUGAUUUCCUAAAUCCUUGAUUUUUGUCUUUCAACCAGUAACUCUGUUUUAAUAAAGUGGGGACAAGAAAUAGGUAGGUCAAAUGAAUUGGAGUUUUAUUUGAACAGUGGAAGACUGGCGUGGCAAUGAUAUCCUAAGUAAAGAAUAUUGUAAAAAAAAUCCCAUUGUCUUUAGAAUUUGAAAACAACAUCUCCAUGAAACAAUUCUUUUUAAACAAACCCCUGUCUCCAUGAAACAUUUUUAACAGGACCAGAGUGCGUCUCAACAAAACAGUUGAUUUAACUUCAUCCAUGUCUCCAUGAUACAGCCAUUUUAACAGUAUUUAUGUUUGUUUUUGUGUUUAAUGAUAUGCUUUAUUGAUUUACAGCCAAAAUCAAUUUCACAGUCUUGCUGAAGUAUAAUGGAGGAGUCAGUAAAUGGUUAAAGUCCAUGCAUCAUUUAGUUUAUUCCAUUCUCAUUUCAUAGAGCACAAACCUUUUAGUGGAUGAAAAGAUCAGAAAAAUGCUAGUAAUAGAAAUGUUUGCUCUGGCAGUUGGGUUUUAUUUACAUCUCUCUCUAUAGAAUCUGAAUAGGAAAAAGACUUCAUCAAUACCUAUAUUCAAUCCAUUUAUCAUUAAUGUAUGGAUAUAUAAUGACAUUCAUAAAUAUUUAAAUACAGACAUCAAAUUCACAAAAAUGAUUAAAAUAUUCAUUUGAAUGUUGGUGUUUAGGCUGUAAGUGGUUAGAUCAUGUUAAAUACCUUCACAUUAAACUUUUUAAAAUUUUGGAAUGAUGCUACAUCUAAAUCUAUCUAUUUCAGUUUAAAUGAAGCAAUUGUUUUCAUGGGAAUAAUUUGAUCGUGCAGACUAGAGUUUUUAAAAAUGGCAGAGGCAGUGUCUGUUUCAAACAAAGGGAGACAACUUGUAUGUAGUAUUUGUCAAAAAACAUUUGAGGAGAUGACUGUAUCUUCGUGCUUCCAUACGUUUUGUUUAGAUUGUUUGCGAGGACAAGUGUCAAGUUUUGGUGGAACAAUUUAUCGUUGCCCAAUCUGUAAGGCAUCAGUGAAUUUACCAGGGGAGGUAAUCCGCCACUUUAAAAGUGAGAACUAUGAUGAAGACAAUUAUUAUUUAACCUCUUUCGAGUCAGACAUGUGACAUUUGCUCUGAUGAUAGGAUGGCUAUUAACAGAUGCAUGCAGUGUGAAGAAAGUCUGUGUCACGCCUGCACGAAUGCUCAUCUGAAAAUGAAGGCGUCUCGUUACCAUCGACAACAUGUUGUACCAUUGGCAGAUCAGUCAAUCACAAAUUAUCCCGACAGGUCAAGGUCACAGAAAAACUGUUGGAGACAUAGAAAUGAGGAAAUUAAGUUUGUUUGCAAGGAAUGUGAUGUUGUUCUGUGUUUGAUAUGUAAACUGCUGGAGCACGAACAUCAUGUGACAAAACCAAUCUCUGAAGAAGCGAAUGAAGUACGUCGAAGACUUGCGUCACUCCUUCAGAAACAGAUUGGCCUUGGAGAAAAGCUGCAGAUGAAAAUUCGGGAAACAGAAACGAGGAAAACACAGUAUCCACAUGAAUUGGAGCAAGAACUGACAAAAUUGAAUUACCAAGCAUCACAAAUGCAUGCAGAAAUAGAAAAUGAGAAACAGAAAUCAGAGAAGGAAUUAAAACAUCAUUAUGGGGAUCAUUUGAGUAAAUACGAAACAGAUAGAGGACACCUGACACAAGAUUAUGAAAAAUACAGAGCAGCAAACACAGAGGCUUUACAGUUGUUAAAUAGUAACAAUGAUGUUUAUGUUGUUGGAAAAGGGAUGUUUUUAUACGAUAGGUUGAACGAAAUGGAAUGUGACAUCAGAGAUACUUCUGAGACAAGUUCGAUUAAACCUGCAAAGCGCUUCCAGUAUGGCUCUAUUGAUACUCAGCAAAUACAAAGUAUGAUGGGAUAUGUAAGCGAAAAUGACAGCAGGUCAUCCCUGUCUCCACAAAGGUUUGAGCAUAGGCAAAUGUCAGCUGAUGGGAUGUUUCUUAGGGAGUCUAGCAUGGCUGCAUCAUCUAUUAGAAAUUUUAAACUUUACUCAAAAUUUGUAAUUCCUUUUACUGACGGAAUGGGUUAUGUAUAUGGAAUUGCACCUGUAAGCCAAAGCAGAGCUUGGAUUACAUUACUUGACCAUGAAACUGUUGUUCUGAUUGAUAUAAAAGGGAAUAUUUUAUCAUCAGCAGAUGUCGGGGAUGUGUGUGAGGAUGUUACUGCCAACUUGGAUGGAGAAUGCUAUAUCACCUGUCCAAGAACAAAAUGUAUUAAGCGAGUCGGUCAGAAUGGUCAGGUUGAAGAAGUUGUGUCCCGGUUUCGUCAAGAUCCGCACGGCAUUUGCUUAUCUCAGUUUGGAAACACACAAGACAGAGACCCAAUGACGGAGCUUUAUGUUUGUUUCACUGAAACACGUGGAUCUACAGUGUCCCUGUAUGAUAAUCAAAAGGGUUGUUUGCGAGUAUUUUCAGAAAAUGGCGACGAUGUAGGGAGAAGCUUCCAUCUACAGGCCCCUGUGCGUGUCGAUGUUCAUCACGAUAGUAAUACUCUUUGUGUCUCUGAUCACAGUAAUGGAUGUGUAAUGAUAAGUGACUUGUCUGGACAAUUUGUAAAAGCAAUAUAUACUGGAGAAAAUGAUGAGGAAAUGUUUAAACCUCUUGGUGUAUGCUUUGAUUCUGUGGGAAAUGUGAUCAUUGCAGAAUGGAGUGGAAACCAGGUUAUCCUGGUAUCGCAGGAGGGGGAAUACAUUAAAACACUCAUCACUGACAUAGAAGGUCCACAAAGCGUAGCAUUUAAAAAUGGUUUGUUGUGGGUAGGAGGCAGACUUGGCAAAGUUAAUGUUUACAGUAUGAAUUAAACUAUUAAAUUAUGUCAGGGAAUAGCCCAUCUUCAGUACUAAUAACUUAUGCUGAGCAUCGACAUGCUCAAGAUUGAACAUUUGUCCUUUCUUUGUAAAUAGACAUUAAAUUUUGUACUCGGCACAGUUGGGCUGUACCCAAAUUGACAAAAGGAGUGUGAAAAGGUAUAAAUGAUAGAGUAUUAGGUACCUUAGGUGAAACUGGGGAUUUGCUCAAGACAAAAAAAAAUGCUUAAUACAAAAAGUGAAGGAAAAAAGUUCUGAUUCUUACACUUUUCAUUUCUGUAUUCCAAGUUCAACUGAAAUCUCUUCAGCCUUUUUAAGAGGUUGUGGAUGAAAGUGUGAUGGCUGGACAAGGUGACAUCUAAAAUAAGCAAAUUUUAGUGAAUUUAUAUCCCCUAACAAAUAAGUUGUUCUGUGAAUGAGGGACUAUAUUUUGAAAGAUAUUUCAUUCUAGACAUACACAGCUCUAAUGGUUCCUAUUUUUUACAAAAUCAAGGGGAAAAGCUCUGCCUAAUAGCGAUAUAUUUGUAUUAAGUUUCAUGAAGGUUCCAUCAAUGGGUUACUUUGUUGUGUGGGAAUUUAUGAAUUUUAAGCUCAUCUGAUUUUUUGAAAAAAAAAGAUGAGUUAUUGUCAUCACUUGAUCGGCGUCGUAGUUGCCUGGUUAAGUUUUAUGUUUAGGUCAGCUUUUCUCCUAAACUAUCAAAGGUAUUGCUUUGAAACUUGCAACACUUGUUCAUCAUCAAUAGCUGACCCUGUACAUAACUCCAUCCUGCUUUUUGCAAGAAUUAUGGCCCCUUUUGGACUUAGAAAAUAUCAGAUUUCUUGGUUAAGUUUUAUGUUUAGGUCAACUUUUUCUUUUAAACUAUCAAAGCUAUUGCUUUGAAACUUGCAACACUUGUUCACCAUCAUAAGCUGACCCUGUUCAUCAAGAAUUGUAACUCUAUCCUGCUUUUUUCAUGAAUUAUUGCCCCUUUUGGACUUAGAAAAUCAGAUUUCUUGUUUAAGUUUUAUGUUUAGGUCAGCUUUUCUCCUAAACUAUCAAAGCUAUUGCUUUGAAACUUGCAACACUUGUUCACCAUCAUAAGCUGACCCUGUACAGCAAGAAACAUAACUCCAUUCUGCUUUUUGCAAGAUUUAUGGCCCCUUUUGUACUUAGAAAAUAUCAGAUUUCUUGGUUAAGUUUUAUGUUUAGGUCAACUUUUUCUUUUAAACUAUCAAAGCUAUUGCUUUGAAACUUGCAACACUUGUUCACCAUCAUAAGCUGACCCUGUACAUCAAGAAACAUAACUCCAUCCUGCUUUUUGCAAUAAUUAUUGCCCCUUUUGGACUUAGAAAAUCAGUUUUCUUGAUUGAGUAUUAUGUUUAAGUCGGCUUUUCUCAUCAAAGCUAUUGCUUUAAAACUUGCAACAAUUUUUCACCAUCAUAAGCGGAUGCUGUACUUUAAGAAACAUACCUAUCUCCUGCUUUUUGUAAGAAUGAUGGCCAUUUUUAGACUUAGAAAAUCAUGGGUAGGACAAUAUUUCUAUUUUACAGAAAAAUCAGACGAGCGUCAGCACCCGCAAGGCGGUGCUCUUGUUAAACAAAGGGACGGGCAACAACUGCAGUUGCUGAAUAGGUCCUGAUAAAAGAUAUGCAUGCACCAUCACCCUUUAGUGAAAAUGCCCUGAAGAUCCACGAACGGAUUACUUUGUUAUGUGGAAAUUUAUGCAUUGUAAGAUAAUUAAGAGGCAAAACCUCUGGUUAAUGAAGUGAUCUUGAUGAAAUUGCACAUGCAUCACCACCCUAUUGUGAUCUACAUUUAUUUGAAGUUUCAUGAAGAUCCAUCAAUGUGCAAAUUAAUAAUGUGAGGUUUGGUGAUUCUAGCUGAAAUACUGAGUUAUAAGCAUUAACAAGGGGUUAAACUUUUUCCUGGGUCAAGGGGGAUAAUAUUAUAUAUAUAUAGGCAGUCAUGCGCUAAUCAAUAAUUAUAUGAGAUUUUGCAUUUUCAUAUUCAGAGGGAGGCAACACAAUGUAAAAACAAUAUCCCUCUGCCUCUGGCGGGGGUAGUUUAAUUAUUUUGCUCCUACGUGCGUGCAUAGGUACGUGUCUGCAUAGUCUUUCAUUAAACCAAGCAAGGUCAUGAUGACCUUUUACUACUGUGCAAAGUUUCACAGCUCAAAUGUAAGUUACUUUGAAAACUGGCCCCGUCCUCUAGCAGCCUGGCCUGAUUUUGAAACGUCGAUAUGACUUACAUUUUUGGAGGUCAAGUAAAAAAACAUUUUCAAAGGUUGAAUAGAGACCAUGUUUGGCAAUUUGAAACAAUCUUAGUAACAUAUUUACUCGCCUGUAAGACUGGAAAAUUAAACAGCUAUUUAAUGUCCAAAGUCACCUCCCCGUCCUAUAGGCAGGUAACGAAAUAUCCAAAAUUACCAUAUUUACUCGCCUACGAGAUGGGGAAAUUAAACAGCUAGUUCAAGUCCAAGUCCCCAAUCUAAUAAGCGAACCUAUAAAAUAUCCAAAAUUCCACCCCCACCCUCCCCCCUCCAAGUCAAAAUCUGGCAGAAAAUUGGCAAGAGGGUCACCCAAAGCAACCUGAAAAUUUAUUUCAAAAUCUGGCCUGCAGUUUGACAAGAUUUUUUUAGGUUUCCACUAAAAACAUUAACGGGGAAAAGCGAGUUGUGAUUCUAAUGAACAGAAAUAAUUUGAACACUUGAUAAAGGGUUACCAAAUGAAGAUUUCUGUCAAAUUAUUUUGAAAACCAACAACUGUUUCCAAUAUUUAUUUUUUCUGUUCACAUGACAACCAGAGUUUGCAAGGAAUAAUUUUAUUAAAGGGGACAACCUAAGAGGCAUUCCCCCUGGAAUUUAGUUAAAACAAGCAAAGCAGCUAAGAGAUGCUGUUAACAGCAAUUGCUUUAAACUGACAGGCAUUGGGUGAUCGAGGAAGCUAACCUUUUAACUCGUGAAGCUAACCUUUUAACUCGGGUGAGCUUAAAAAGGUC